AUGGUUUAUCAGAACGGUGAAAGCUCCAAGAAUGACCAGACUAAGACCAAGCCUAACAAUGCGACUGGACCAAGGUCCGGUCCAAGGCUCGUCAAUCCUACGAAGAGCAUUUGGACUGCAGAUUCAACAACGAAGGCAGUUGCGAAUGCACACAAGCAGCUACUCGGAGCAUUCUAUCACAUUCCUCCAACUUUCGUGAAUGAGCGCUGGUCCUUUCAGUCACAGAUAUCAAAACUGCUCACGCUCGCCGAGAUUGCGGACAUGUAUGGCUGCAGCCAUCUUGUCAAUUUGCCAAUUGAAAACUACAUCCAUCAGUACCAGUUCCUGGUCUCGUCGCUCUGUUCAACAAAGCCUGUGGACAUGCUCGGUCUAUCUUUGAAACUAAAGAGUGAUUGGAUCUUCAAGGAGGCGACCAUCGUCAUUGUGGGCCACGACGCUCCAACGUUCGAGCAAGCGCAAAAGAAGAUAGACACCAUGGGGACCGGGAUGUCUGAAUUCAUCGAACGGAAACGUGCGGAGUUCGUUGAAAAGCUUCACGACGUCGACCACGACCUACUUCGUCUUGAGUCAUACUCGUCUCGUCAAGGCCCGGCCAAGAAAAUGCAUUUCAUAGCAACGGCGUUCUUUGGCAUGGUCCUCAAAGACCGCCUCGACAAUGACCUCGGCUCCGCCUUGGGAGCUGGAUAUGCGAAACUUUACCACGAGAUGACGCAUGGCAGAUGGUACACGGCCCAUGAACUGCACUCAUUCUUGGCGACUUUUGACCUGAAAAGCUUUGCCGAGGGUAACGGUGAGAGUUUUCUAGAUGAGAUCACUUCCAAAGCAGCCGAAGCCCUGGGAGAUGUCUUAGGAAAUUCGCCAGUGUGGUCAUUCAAGGAAGAGGCCCCUCAACUCAGGUGCAUCGAAGUCUCAGAAGAUGAACUGCCAUGGAAGAAGAGUACCGACUGA